AAUCAGCUGUUGAUUUAUCAAAAUGGCGCCGACGCCGCAAAGCACUUUAGCUGUUCUCUCUGCCUCUAUCACAGGGAAAGAGAAUAAUCCUGGCGAAGGAGUUUCUGUACUUGUAUUCUUUGUAAAUGGGAAAAAGGUUGUAGAUGAGACUCCUGACCCUGGUAUGACCCUGCUGACCUACCUGCGAUUAAAGUUACGACUGUGCGGGACAAAACUAGGUUGCGGGGAGGGAGGGUGUGGAGCAUGUACAGUAAUGGUCAGCAAGUAUGACAGGUUUAAGCAAGCAACAGUACAUCUCUCUGUAAAUGCCUGCUUAGCUCCAGUGGUUUCAAUGCACGGUCUUGCAGUCACCACUGUUGAGGGAAUUGGAAAUGCUAAGCAACGGCUUCACUCUGUUCAGCAAAGGCUGGCAAACAGCCAUGGAAGCCAGUGCGGGUUCUGUACUCCAGGCAUUGUGAUGUCUAUGUAUACAUUACUAAGAAACAACCCUUUACCCUCGAUGAAAGAAAUGGAAACUUAUUUUCAGGGAAAUCUAUGUCGAUGCACUGGAUACAGACCAAUUCUGGAGGGUUUCAGAACCUUUACAGAAGAGUGGGCAAAGUAUGGGAAAAGAAGUUCUAUGGAAGGUUGUGGAAGAAAAGGAGGUUGCUGCAAGGAAAAGGGAAAUGCUGGUGGAUGUGAUCUGACUGAAGAAGAUGAUUCACAAGAACUAUUCCAGACCUCGGAGUUUGUUCCAUAUGAUGCCAGCCAAGAACCUCUAUUUCCUCCGGAACUCAUUGCAUCUGCAAAACUAGAUGAGCAGUUCCUAACUUUCAGGGGCAAAAAUAUGACUUGGUAUCGUCCUGUUUCUACCUAUCAGCUGCUGAAUCUUAAACAGAUGUAUCCAGAGGCUAAAAUAGUGGUUGGAAACACUGAGCUUGGUGUAGAGGUUAAGUUCAAGCAUUGUGAAUAUCCGGUUUAUAUAAACCCAUCUUUAGUGCCUGAUCUUACAGCUAUCAAAAUAGAAACUGAUGGGGUUGUUUUCGGGGCUGGAGUUACCUUAUCAGAGAUUGAGGAGACUUGUUUUCAAGUUAUAAAGAAUAUCCCAGAAGAAAAUUCUAGGAUAUUUCAGCAAAUUGUUGAAAUUCUCCAAUGGUUUGCAGGGAAACAGAUUAGAAAUGUAGCAGCAGUGGGAGGAAACAUCAUGACAGGAAGUCCAAUCUCUGACUUAAAUCCAAUAUUCAUGGCCUCUAAAUGCACUUUGAGAAUUGCAAGCAUUUCCGAAGAUAAACAAGUCUUCUUUGAUGAAAACUUUUACACUGGAUACAGGAAAAACAUUGUUGGCCCCUCUGAAAUCUUGGUAAGUAUCAAAGUACCGUUUACCAAAGAAAACCAAUUUUUCUUUGCUUAUAAGCAAGCAAGAAGAAGAGAUGAUGAUAUUGCUAUAGUGAAUGGAGCAUUUAGUGUCACCCUCAAGAACGAAGGGACAGAUCAUGUGAUAUCAAGCAUUCAAAUGGCAUUCGGUGGAAUGGGUCCAACUACUCUCUUGGCAGUGAAGAGCUCACUACAUCUUCAAGGUCAAAAAUUCAAUGAUAAUAUUGUUGAGCUGGCCUGUGAUGCCUUGAAGAAUGAGCUUAGUCUUACACCAAAUGCACCAGGAGCAAUGAUAAGAUAUAGGCAAUCCCUUGUACUUAGCUUCUUUUUCAAAACUUUCUUGGCUAUUAGAAAACAACUAGGAUAUGACCUUGCUAAUGAAAACUCUGCAGUUGAAGUCUUUGAAAAGGAGCCAUUGCACUCCCAUCAACUAUUUGAGGUAAAAAACGAUGCUGCAACAGUUGGAGCACUUGGUAAACCACUGAAACAUAAAGCAGCUGACCAUCAAGUGGCUGGCACUGCUCAGUAUACAGAUGACAUGCCUCAUAUUGAGGGAGAGUUGUAUGCUGGUCUAGUUCUAAGCUCUAAAGCACAUGCUGAGAUUCUAAGUAUAGACACAUCAACAGCACUUGCAGUUCCUGGAGUGGUUGAAUGGGUAGAUAGUACAGAUCUGAAGGAAAGAAAUGAAUUUGCUCUUGCAAUAGCAAAGGAUGAACUAGUCUUUGCAAAUCAAUUUGUUCACUGUUAUAGAAUGGUGAUUGGAGUUAUUCUUGCUCAAGACCAAGAGACUGCACAGAAAGCAGCAAGAUUAGUAAAAGUAGAGUACAAGGAUUUACCAGCUAUCAUAACCAUCGAGGACGCAAUCAAAGAAAACUCAUUCCAUGAAGUUCCAAAUGCAGGAAUAACUGAUGGUGAUGUUGAGAGUGUUUUUAAAUCUGCUACAAACAUUGUAGAAGGUGAAAUGAGGACAGGGGCACAAGAACAGUUCUAUUUGGAAACCCAGGCUUGCAUUGCUAUUCCCAAGAUAGAAAAUGAUGAGAUUCAGAUCUGGUCUUCAACUCAAAAUCCUACUUUAACCCAGAAUACAGUAGCAGCAGUUCUAGGAAUACCAGCCAACAGGGUGUCAGUUCAUGUAAAAAGAAUGGGUGGAGGGUUUGGAGGCAAAGAGUCAAGAUCUGUUCCACUUGCUGCAGCAGUUGCAGUUGCAGCUAACAAAGUUAGCAGGCCAGUGAGGAUUAUGCUUGACAGGGAUGAAGACAUGUUGAUAUCAGGCUUUAGAAAUCCGUUUUAUGGAAAGUACAAGGUAGCCUUCGAUGAUAAUGGAAAAGUGCUUGCAUUGGAUUUGUUACUAUAUGCCAAUGCGGGCUGGACAUUGGAUCUUACUUUUUCCAUUGUAGAGCGAGCAAUGUUCCACUCAGACAAUUCAUAUAAGGUGCCAAAUCUUCGAGUGCGUGGAUUUUGUUGCAAAACAAAUUUAACUUCUAACACUGCAUUCAGAGGAUUUGGUGGACCUCAGGGUUUGAUGAUUGCUGAAACAUGGAUUGAAAAAAUUGCUAAAACACUAGACAUUCCUGCAGAAGAUAUAAGAGAAAGAAACCUGUAUGAAGAGGGAAUGACAACACACUUUAAUCAGAAAUUGAUUAAUUGUACUUUGAAAAAAUGCUGGGAGGAGUGCAAAACACUAUCAAGAUUUUCGGAGAGACAGAAGGAAAUUGAGAAAAUCAACUCUUGUAAUCGAUGGAAAAAGCGUGGAAUGUCUAUGGUGCCUGUAAAAUUUGGCAUUGCUUUCACCGCUCUCCAUAUGAACCAGGCUGGAGCCCUGGUAAAUAUAUAUCAAGACGGUUCAGUUCUAAUAUCCCAUGGAGGUACCGAGAUGGGGCAGGGACUUCACACAAAGAUGAUUCAAGUUGCCAGUCAGGCCUUAAAUAUUGAUCACAAUAAAAUCCAUAUAGCUGAGACAGCAACAGACAAGGUCCCAAACACAUCUCCAACAGCAGCCAGUGCUGGAUCAGACUUGAAUGGCAUGGCAGUCUUGGAGGCUUGCAUGACCAUAAAGAAACGAUUAGAACCAUUCAUAUCUUCAAAUCCUUCAGGUACAUGGGAAGAUUGGGUAAAGUCUGCAUACUUCUCACGAGUAAGCUUGUCAAGCACUGGAUUCCAUGCUACUCCAGAUAUUGGCUACGAUUUCAAAACCAACAGUGGGAAUGCGUUCAACUACUUCACCUAUGGAGUUUGCUGCUCAGAGGUGGAAGUAGACUGUCUCACUGGAGACCAUCAGGUUAUUUCUACCCAAAUUGUGAUGGAUCUCGGAGAGUCUAUCAACCCUGCCAUUGAUAUUGGUCAGGUGGAAGGAGCAUUUGUUCAAGGAUAUGGGCUCUUUAUGAUGGAACAAAUUUUACACACUCCAACUGGAGUUCUUCUCACUCGUGGACCGGGUGCUUACAAGAUUCCAAGCUUCAAUGAUAUUCCAGGAGUGUUCAAUGUAGCUCUGCUCCGUGGAGCAUCUAACCCUAGAGCAGUUUAUUCUAGUAAAGCUGUGGGGGAACCACCUCUUUUCUUAGCUGCUAGUGUUUUCUUUGCUGUAAAGAACGCGAUUGCCUUUGCAAGAGCAGAAUCAGGUGCGCCACCUUAUUUUGAGCUGGAUGCUCCGGCUACUGCGGAGAGGAUCCGCAUGGCCUGUGAGGAUAAGUUCACCUCUCUUGUUCCCCAGCUCCCACCCUCCGGGUCCUUCACACCCUGGAGUAUUCAGACAUAGAACUCAUUCAUCCCUAGUUCCUGGUAGUUUCUCACUCUGGAGUAUUUACAAAUAGAUAUUAAUGCCUAAUUUAUAACAUAUGCUUUAGAAGUACAUUUAUUGCUUCUAGAUAUAAUUACAU